UGUGGGCAAUGGAAAAGGACCUGAAGACAGACAAAGCAUGGAGCCAUGAGGUUGUUUGGGGGAGGAUUUAUUGUACAGGCAUCUUCCAGGGCCUUGGAUCAUGGCUUCAUUUCCAGUUUGGCAUCAGCAAACUCCAGCUCAGCACUGAAGGUCUCUGACAUCUGCAUCCAUGAGGUCUUCCACCCAACCCAACCCCAACACAAUCCAGCCCAGCUCAAUGCAACCCAAUGCAAUCCACCCCCCCACCCAACCCAAUGCAACCCAACAAAAGAGAUUUUUUGUUGAGAGUUUGGUAUGAGUUACCCAACCAGAGCACAAGAGGCUUUUGGCAUUGGAUCCAAACAGGGACAUCUGAGGGUGUGAUUGCAUUGCCCCAUAGUACCACAUUUCCAUUGGGGAGCCCAUCCCCAGGAUAAAGACUUCAUUGUUCCCUACUAGGAACUGCAUCCCCUCCAGAUACUGCAUCAAAGUGAUACUGCAUCCUACUCCAAGUUUUGCAUCCCACCCCAGGUACUGCAUUCCACCCCAACUACCACAUUCCAUCCUGGGUACCACAUCUUCUCCUCCUUGGGUAUCCCAUCUAUCCCAGUAUUACAUUUUCUCUGAAGUAAUGCAUCUCCUGAUGCCUCAACCCACCUGUCUGGUCUAGACUUUAGAUUUAGGCAAGACUUUCACUUUUUGUGCUAGAGGUCUUCGUGUUGUCUUUUGUCCCAAGUGAAUGUGAAACUCUUCCCUCUUCCCAGCAACAUUCCUGAUGACAUGGGUUAUAAUAAAUUUCCCAUCAGAAUAACAUCCCCUCUUUCACUUUUUCUAUUAUAUCCCCACUUAGGAUAUCACACCCUCCUUACAUAACACAGUUGAAUCCUCUGGGAGUAAUGUAUCUCCCUCCAGAACUGCAUCCCUCUUUGGAUACUGUAUCUUUCACCACUUUGGGUACUGCAUCCCUUCUCGAGUUCUGCAUCCCCCCUUUUGGGUACCACAUCCCCUCAUCUGGUAUCACAUCCUCUCUUUGGGUACUGCAUCCUUUGAGUUUGGCAUCCUCCCCACUUUGGAUACAGCAUCUCCAAUUUGAGUAUUGCAUUCCCCCCUUGGCCCUGCAUGUGGCAGGGGGGUUGGAGAUUCAUGAUCCUUGAGGUCCCUUCCAACCCUGGCAAUUCUGUGAUUCUGUGUUGCAUCACCCGAGUUUUACAUCCUCUCCAUUUUGGGACUCUCUUUGGGUCCUUCUUUGGGUACUUGGAUACCGCACCUCUUUCGAGUCCCGCAUCCCGUUCGCAUCCCCCAUACCCUCACCAUCCUCCUCCUUUCCCUCCUCCCCAGCCCCAUCCCUCCCCAUUCCCUAUUGGACGACGUGUCCCCACCGAUUACCCCGUGCUGAAACCGAAAGCGAAAGAGAGGGAGAGGCCAUGGCCGGCGGUGGCGGCGGAUCGCAGAGGGGCGUCGGCGUGGAACCCCUCGGGGAGCGCUGAGCCCCCCCCGCCCGACUCGAGACCACCGCCCAUGGAUCGGCUGCUGCUGCUCUGCGCUGCUCUCCUAUUUCUGCCCUAUAGCUCCUCGGACAGCGCGGUGCGAUGCGGCCGUCCCAAAGAUGUGGCCAAUGCGAUCAUCAACGCGGGAGACACGGAGCUGCUUCACACCAGCCUGCGUUACACCUGCAAGCUGGGCUACAAACGCAAAGCUGGCACCUCCACCCUCAUCCAGUGCGUCCUCGAUCGUGGCAAGCCUGUCUGGACGUCCACUGAGCUGCAGUGCAUCCGGGACCCAGCUCUACCUCUGCAAACCCCAAGCCCUGAGCUCCCAACAGUGAGGACAAGCCAAAGAGGAACCAACACCACUUCAGCAGCAGUGCCUGUGCCAUUGCCAGAGACAUCUGUGCCACCGCCAGUGUCUGAACCACCAGAGAUGCCUAGACCAGGAGAGGGGACAGCCCUGGGGACAACCCCACUGCCCACCAUCCCCAUACACGAUGCUGCAGUUUCCACUCAGACUGUGGCCUCUUCCAUCGGGGUCUCAUUUCUGCUUGUUGUUGUUGUGGCGGGACUCUGCUACCGGAGGAUGAAAAUGCAUGCGCAGCAGCACGUAGCAGCAACGACCAUCCCCAUGGUGGCUCCCAGUACCACAGCAGAGAACGAUGAGAUGUUGCCACCUGGUGACAUCCCCAUGGGCUGAGCACCCAGCACAGAGCACGUUGGUUUACCUACCAGUUAGCUAGGAGGAUGCUCGAAGCUCAGUGCUUCCCCAAGUGGCAGUGGCAUGAGGCAUGUCCCCACGUCCCCAGCUGCCCUUCACACGGAGUAUCUUCACUCCAGGGACAUGUAGUAACUGCUCUUCUCAGCCUGAACAAGUAGAUGAGAUCACUCCAGUGCCAAGUGGUGAGUGGUUAUCCUAUUGUAUGGCUCAAUGAACAACUCAAGCUGGCGUGAACUCAAUGGAAAUCCUAAAUGGGAGCCAAAAUUAGGGAUAAGUACCCAAGCACAAAGCAGGGCUGGAAAAGUUACCAGUAUGGGAUGCAAGGAACAGAGCAAGGCCAUUAAUAGGGCACCCAUGGGUGGCCUGAGUCCAUAGAUAGUGCCCAUCCUCUUGCAGACUGGGAGGCUAUAGUCAACAUGGUCCAGGCUGUUUGCCCCAGUAAAGGACAUUUGUGGGAUGGAGAAUGGAGUUUGGGUGCUGGGGUUGAAGGCAGACUGCCUAAGUAAAACCAUUCCCUGGCUAGGAAUGGUGGACACUAGUCCCAUCCUUAGAGGUGCUUUAACCCCAAAUUGCCCCCCAAACACAGAAAGGAGCACUGCUUAGAGUCACUAAAUAGAGACCCAGGUGAGUAUCCCCUCACUGUACCUUGACUCCCUCCCUGCUCUCUUCCAGCCAUUCAGUCAUGAACCAACAACCACAGCAAAGGGCUUCAGCUCCAUCACCAGUUCAGAGGUCAUCCCCUCAUCCACACUCAGGGAUCUUCAGGGGGCAAUUUCAGCACCGAUGCCAGCUGCUUGUAGGGGACUGCACGUGGGAGUGAUUUGCUACAAACACUACCAAAGCCUGAAGACAAGGACACAGCAGUGAUAUCUGUUGUUAUCCACUGAUUUCCCCCACUUGCUACAGAACUGGUGGUUUUGUACUGAUGUUUUAUAUAUAAAGGAUAUAUAUUGUAAUGUAAAAAUACACACAGAGUGGCUGUUUCUUUAGUUGGGUGUCUUGCCAGCCACAACGAUGGGGAGGACAGUAGGAAUGCUGGGACAGUCAGGAGCUGGUUUGGAGUGAAAUGCAUCCCUGUAACAGCCAGGGCUUGCUGGUGGUCUUCCAGGUAGGACUGAACCAGAGGAAAGGAGACAUUCCAUGACUGCAGCUCCUUACUGAUGGGUAUUGGGAACACCACAAAUCUGCAUGAGUAGAAGGUGGCUUUGAACAACGAGGAUGGGUGGCUCAUGAUUGAAUACAGCUGCAGCAACCCACUGCAAACUCUAAAUGAGCACUGCCAUCCUCUAGAGGUAAAGGGUGAAGGCAAGGUGACGUUCAUCAUCACCGAUCUGGCUCAGGUGGAAGGCAAAAGGGGCUUCAUCAGCCAGCUGGAAAGCCAACCCAACGUGUUCCUUCCUCACUUCUCUUGUCCUUGUGUUUGUUCCACUGCUCUGGACUGUCUGAGCUGGAAAACACAGCACUUUGCUGUGAAGACACAUGAUAAACCAAAGUUUCCUAUAACUCCAAAGUGCCAUGGGAUGGUUGGACAACAGAUGGAAGGGAAUGCUGGAGGUCCAUGGUCCUGUGUCUGCAAGAGCUUUGCAGUUGUAUUCAAAUAAGUUUUAAGCGAAGUUAUCUGCACUUUUGAUAAGCAGAAAGUCUUCCCGAAGUCACUGUUUCAAAAGCAAAAGGAGAGCCAACAAAAUAGCUGCCAUUCCACAAAUAACAGUGGAAGUCAACAGAAUGUGACUCCAAAUUGCUCAUGGCUCCAGGCUGAAGGCCAGGAUCACGCCUCUACCUAAACUGGUUUCAGUUUUGAUCUGUGCAUGAUGUGGCCUCUGGGACAACAAGCCAAGGUGUUAUCUUCA